AUGAGAGAUCGGCUUAUGGGGUAUUUGGAAUCUUUGAUCAGUUACAAGCUUGAAAUUAUAAAAGCGAAGAGAAAGUCAAAGAGUUUGGAUUGUAUCAAGGACAAGGAAAGCUUUAGCCAAUGCUUAGUGGUUGUUAAAGAAAUCUUUGCUAAAAAAGCGAUAGCAUCUAAUCCCUACAAAGCUGGACAUUUCAAACUUAAUUGGAAGAUCGAUGAAGAUACGAUAAGCCUCCUUAACUCCUUUACUCGUGUGUCUACUAAACUUGCGCUAGCUGAGACCAGGAUGCGCCACACUGGCGAUCAGAUAAGAAUCUUCGCUGAACAGAUCAAUCUACUCGGUGAAGAACAGCCACCGCUUGCUGAGCAUGGUGAGGACAUAACGACGAUGAACGCCAUGCUAAUAAGCAAAGAUCAUAUAGCCUAA